AUGUCUCAAACCUCAUCGUUUGUUGUUGUUCGUACCGUGUUGGAUGGAACCUUGAUGGUUCCCCUUGAUGAUAUGAGCACCACCUUCUCCUCCUCCUCCUCAACGACUACUACUACUACUAGUUUAAAAACCAUUUCCGAUCUCAAGAAUUAUCUUUCCAAAUUGAAAGGAUAUGAUCGUAGUGUUCAACACAUUUAUCAGAAUGGAACGGAAUUGAAUGAUCAAGCCAAUUUGAAUGAUUUUCCAUUGGGAAAGGGUUUUGUUUUGAUGAUUCCAAUUAGUCAUUCAACGAGGAAAUAUAAAACUCAGAAGGAAGUUGAAGCAGAUUAUGUGGCUUCAUUGACCAUGAAUGAAAUUAAUCGACAGGCUUCCACUUCGGGAGGUUCUGUAUCGGAUCAGUUGGAGCAAAUUAUGGCUGAAUUUACGAGCACUCAUCCACCACAGACUUCAACUACGGGCUCAACCACUUCACCUUCGGCAACAACAAGACCUCCAACAUUGACUUCGCAAACUCAUCCUAGAGGUACCACUACUGCUUCCUCAACGACGACUACUACGACAACAACAACGAGUGGCAGCACUACCACACCACAUCCUCCAAGAAGUACCACUUCAUCAACAACAUCAACAACGACAGGUGCAACGUCACAGCAAGCUCCACCAGUUACUGUUGCUAGCUUGCCUGUCUCAGAAGACCUUGUUGCUGCCAUUACAGAACUCGGCUUCUCAAGGCACAGAGCUAAGAAAGCCCUCAUUUUGAACGAUUUGAAUGUUGAGCAAGCUGUGGAGUGGAUUUUCAACAAUAUCGAUUCUCCCUAUGUAUUGGAUAGCGAGUUUACGCCUCAAGAACUAGUCGCACUUGCUGAAAAAUACAAGAACAUGAUGAGUGAUGAAUAA